AUGGAUCAGGGAAUCUGCUUUCAGGUGAAACCCCGAAAUGAUUGUGUUUCUCCCUCCAAGUCUCUGCCUGGGACAAAACCUGUUGGAGGGAAAGAUGUACAGGAGGAGCAGGAGAUCCAGUACAGGCUAACACUAACGGGGUCAUUAGCGGUCCACCCCCAGACCACCAUGGCCAUGUUGCCGUGGGUGGUGGCUGAGAUACGGAGACCUCGAUUGAAGGAGCGGAGCUUUAGCACUAGAGCUUUUGGAGCUCGAGCCAUGGAGAUAAGGGAUUGUCCGGUGGUCCUGCGGAUCUCAUGCUCCUCGGUGCAGUGUGUGUUGAAUGUAACAGGUGCUGGGGACUCGUGGGAUCCGCUGCAGCACACCACCUUUUUCCAUCAGCGGCCGCACCAGAUUACCAAACUCAUCUUCAACAGCCAUGAACCGAGCUACUUCGGCUGUCUGAUUCGAGACGAGAGCAGCGCCACCUGUUACGUGUUCCACUGCCCUGACCAACACAAGGUCCCAGAGAUCAUCAGCACCUUAAGACAGGCCAGUAAAAGCUCUGCCCGGCAAGAGGAUUCAACCACCACACAUACUGGUGACAGUCGCCAUGACGGUGGUCUUCAGGACUCAUCUGAGGCGGCAACUGUAUUCGCCAAGAAGUUUGAGGUGCUGUUCUGUGGGCGCGCAGUGGUGGCUCAGAAAAACGCGCCCCCGGCUUUGAUAGACGAGUGCAUAGAGCAGUUCGGCAAAGCAAACACCUCAAACUCACUGGCUGCUGGAUUUAGACGGGCAUUCUCGCUCACGCAGGUGAUAAACGGCACGAGUGAUGGAGGGGACGGAGCAGGACGAAAGGCGUUGUUUUUCCGAAGAGAUCCUAGCUUUCCCUUUCUCCAGGCGCUGGAUGAAAACGGUCUCUCGCCCGAGCUGCGCCGGCGAGCCGCUAACGGAGCUGCGGGAGUGCAGCCUACCAGCCUGCAGGAGAACAGGACCAUGCUGUUUACAAUUGGACAUUCUCAGAUCUUCCUUGUGAGUCCAGACAGUAAGAAAGUGGCCAUUGAGAAGAGCUUCAAAGAGAUUUCCUACUGCUCUCAGGGUAUAAGGCACGUGGAUCAUUUUGGCUUCAUCUGCAGAGAGUCGGUGGAAGGUGGAAGCUGCCAGUUUGUUUGCUACGUGUUUCAGUGCACAGAUGAGGCACUGGUGGAUGAGAUCAUGCUGACCCUGAAGCAGGCAUUCUCAGUAGCGGCCUCGGAGAAGAGCAGCAGGACCCAGAGCUUGCAGUGUGAGGCUUGUCCAAUGCAGCAGCUCCACAGACUGUGUGACCGCAUUGAGGGUCUCCAUGCAUCUAAAGCAAAGCUGGAGUUGCAGAAGCAUGUGGCUGGACUGGAUAAUCAAGAGCAAGCUUGUGUUUUUGAGACCACCCUGAAAGCUCACCCGAAGUCCGACCAGGAAGAGAACGAGCUGGUCGUGUCGUGUUUACGGCAACUGUGUGAGGAGAGACAGAAGACCCACACACACAUACACAAUGGACAAGCAAACCAGGAAGCCUCAGCCGUGUGUGAAGAGACAUGUACAGCUACUGAAGGCAGCAUGAGCAGCAGCCGUCUGCGUCUGGAGCAGUUCAAGAGCCGAGCCAAAAGAUCCCUCGCUGAGUCACUGGAGGGGAUUUGGAAGGGCAACAGUAAGUCCAGAUUACAGAGGGAGAGCACUGAUCGCACCUCCUCAAACUCCAUCGACAGUACACACCAGGAUGUCAUACUGGUGGAGCCUCCAUCCCCGCCCAUCGACCCCUCCAGCCCGCUCCGCUCCCACAAUUCCACAGGGGAUUUGAAAUACCUGGAGGUUGAAGAUGUAACCGUCGAGGGUCAGGACCCCCAGGCUCAGGGCUUCAGGAGGCGAGCGAGUACGUACAGUCACUCUCCGACUCGGUCUGCGUCCAGCCUGAAUGUCCUGAGUGAGCAGCUCGCGGCUUCCAAACCCAAACUUGUCCGCCACUACUCCGUCAGCACCGACUCUCCUCAUCAAACCAAAGACGUUGCAGCACUGUCCAGUCCUGGAACCUCAUGUGUGGUGGGUGAGGACAGUCCGCUUCGCCAUCGCAGACACUCCUGGAGACAGCAGAUCUUUCUCAGGGUGGCCACGCCCCAGAAGGGCACAGAUACACCAGAAAGAGGAGAAGCAUCUCUAGAGGUCAGUGGCAGGCUGGCAGGUGGAGGUGCAGCAGUGACCGGAGACAGCACGCUGGUGCCGGUACCCGAGGAGAGGAGGAAACGUAGUAGUGCAGAGCUUCGGGAGUUAUGGAGGAAGGCCAUCCUGCAGCAGAUCCUUCUUCUGAGAAUGGAGAUAGAGAACCAAAAACUACAGGCUUCAGAGAGUGACCUUCAGAGCAGGCGGCUAAAGCUGGACUAUGACGAGAUCACACCCUGUCUGAAGGAGGUCACCCUCGUCUGGGAGAAAAUGCUCAGCACUGCAGGGAGGUCAAGGGUCAAAUUCGACACCGAGAGGAUACACACUGCGGUCGGACAAGGUGUCCCACGUCAGAACAGAGGAGAAAUCUGGAAGUUGCUUUCUGAGCAGUAUCUACUCAGGCAGCAAGUACCCAGCACCAAACCCCCCAAUAAUGAUGUUCCUUAUAAAGAGCUACUGAAACAGCUCACCUCUCAACAACACGCCAUCCUCAUAGAUCUGGGUCGAACAUUUCCCACACAUCCGUACUUCAGCGCCCAACUAGGUGCUGGUCAGCUCUCGCUCUACAACCUCCUUAAGGCCUAUUCCCUGCUGGACACGGAGGUGGGUUACUGCCAGGGGCUGAGCUUCGUGGCGGGAGUGCUGCUGCUGCACAUGAGUGAGGAGGAAGCCUUCGAAAUGCUGAAGUUCCUCAUGUACGACAUGGGCCUACGCAAGCAGUACCGGCCAGACAUGAUCAUCCUUCAGAUCCAGAUGUAUCAGUUAUCCCGACUGUUACACGACUACCACAGAGAGCUGUACUCUCAUCUGGAGCUGCACGAGAUCGGCCCCAGUCUCUACGCCGCACCGUGGUUCCUCACCGCCUUCGCCUCGCACUUCCCUCUGGGCUUUGUGGCCAGAGUUUUUGACAUGCUGUUCCUGCAAGGGUCAGAGGUCAUCUUCAAAGUGGCACUGAGCCUUUUGGGAAGCCACAAGCCACUGAUUUUGCAGCACGACAAUCUGGAGUCCAUAGUGGACUUCAUCAAGACGACACUCCCCAACCUGGGACUGGUGCAGAUGGAGAAAACCAUCAAUCAGGUAUUUGAAAUGGACAUCAGUAAGCAACUUCAGGCCUACGAGGUGGAGUACCACGUUCUCCAGGACGAACUCUUGGACGGUCCUUCCACUCUAAACCAAUCGCAGCGCGCUGCCCAGCUCGAGAAGACCAACGGGUGCCUGCGUCAGCAAAACCUGGAUCUGCUGGAGGAAGUGCAGGUGGCCCAUGCGAGGAUCCGUUUCCUGGAGUCUCGUGUGGAGGGGCUGGUGCACAGUGAGGCGGCGCUACGUUUACAGCUCAACAACCUCUAGACCGAACACUCCGACCUGCAGCAGACUGUAACCCACCUACAGGCUUCACUGGACAAACACGGCAUCCAGUACACGGCACCCGUUUCCUAAUUCCGGGGGAAACACUCGGAGCCUUGCUUUGGGGUUUUUUGCGCUGAUUGAUCGCGUUCCAUCCUUUCAAAUCAAGUACACGCCCUCAUUUUUCUGAAGAGGGAUCAUUGAGGGGUGAGGCUUAUCUAUAGGUUCAAUUUGGACUAGGUGCUGGCGUCUGGUGUUAAGGAGGGGAACGGGCGCCACUUCACUCCCAAGUGCCUGGACGAUCGCACACCUUCUCCUGUGUGUAUAAGUAUUUGCACCGGUGUGUGUGUGUUGUGUUCAUAUGUACUGCAGAGUCACUCCAGUUUACAGUCGACCGAAACCUGUUUACUGCCUGAGAUCUGCAGAGUCACAACUCCCGCCCCCGCCCCCCUCGUUUCCCAGACUUCAAAGACUUUUUCUUGGCAUAAUUAUGCUCGUUAUAGUCCGUCUCUGUCUAGACACUGAAUCCCUGCGUGAAUUCAGGCCUCUCGUGCCUUUAUAUACGAGCUGUCUAAAUAAAUAAAAAAACAUUAACAAUACCCACAAUGCCACGCAUCAGACACCAAACCAGUCUGCGAAUUCAGGCUUUAAUUCCUGAGCACAAUGACUCGCCGAGUCGCACCGCCCGUUGCUCUAUAUUCCAACAAUUGAAAAUAAGGGAGUGCUGAACCGACCUGAGGUGCGCAGCAGUAACACACCUGUAGCGGCGUGUUACCGGUAGACAUGUGCUCCUACUACAUGUUUAGACACACUAUAUGGACACCUUUCAGCCACACUCAUAGUCAAAUGAAAUAAAUAAAUGCUUCCAAAAUUGUUGGAACAGUUUGGUGAAGGCCUUCUCUUCCUCCAACGUGACAUUAGUCUCUAAACACGCAAGUUCUUUUAUAAGUUCAUUGUGGGCUUUCUGAGGAUCUACUGGCUCAGAAGUAUACACGUAGCCUCUUAGAUUAUGAAUUUGGUGGGGAACGUUCUACAUUUACAUUUUCAUCAUUUAUCCAAAGUGACUUACAGUACAGUGACAGUACACAGUCUAAGCAACUGAGGUUUAAGGGCCUUGCUCAAGGGCCCAACAGUUGCAACCUGGCAGAUGUGAGGCUUAAACCUCUUAAACCUUAAACCUCUGUUUACUAGUCCAGUACCUUAGCCCCUAGGCUACAGCUGUUCUAUAAUCACAUGGAUUAAUUCCUCAUUUGUGAUCGAUUUGACUGCAGUCAUUAAAAAGUACAUGACACGCUGGUCUCCUGCCAAGCUCAAGGUCUGGAAGAAAACCUGAACGUUCACGUCAUGAUGAAAACAAAACAAGGUGGUCGAGAGCCGUCUGCUGCUAUGAAUUAAAAACUGCUGAGACACGUGACACUAAAACACUUUGCUCUCUGACGUGUUGCGUUGUGAUCGUUGCUGGUUUGCUUUUAGGCCAAAGAAGUGUGUCUUCUCGUCAUUCAGUCACAAAAAAUACAGUAUAGUGAAGACACGAGUGUAACACGAGUGUCCGUUACAGUGCAUGUAAACUGCUGUGCCAGAGCCGAAUAAAUCAAGCAUGAUGGUGCUACUGGUGUGCUGUGGUUGUAUAAGGAAGGCCAGUUUGCUGAAUGCAGUAUUUCAUUGGAAACUAUAGGUGUGUCUUUGUGUGCUGUAGGUCUAUGAUCUCAUAUAAACUGAGAUGUGCCCAACCCCGCCCCGCCCUGCCCUGCCCUGCCCUGCCCUGCCCAUCCAACAUUUCUCCAGGCACCCAGGCCUCAGAAGUAGUUUCGAAUAUUCAUCAUAAUCGUUAUCUAGCCAUCUAGUGUUAAAUGUGGCUUUUAUAAAUGUUUAUCAUUAUUGUUUCAGUAAUUCUGCCAUGUUGACUUAGGUAAGCUGGAUAUCUGGGGCUAGCAGUGCUGAUUGUAAACAUAUACACUUGAAUACAUGAGUAUUACUCUCUAAUAUCCAAGCAUUCACAUUCGCUAGCUGUCUGUAAAAACUACAUUCGUUCUAAAGAAAUCAACUUCCUUCUUUCUCCUGGAAUACGCCUUUCACUCAUGAACAAUUUACCAGAAGGAAGUUCACUGUGAAGGCACGUCAGAGUCAGAAACUCAGGUUGUUUACCACGGCAGAAUGUUGUGUGAUUACAGGGAGACGCACUGCGUAAACAAAACCUGGUAAGAUCUCAUGAGCAGGGGUGAUUCCUCCCCCGGGGCACUAGGGCACUGCCCCAUCAUCUGUGUACAAUAAAACUAAAAUAUGGAAGCGACAGGAUUCAAAAUCAGAGCUGAGAUUAUUUAUUACUAUUUUAUUUGCUGUAUUAGCGUUCUGUUUUAAUAUGACUCACGUUAUUGGCUGUUAGCGAUACAAAUGUCAUUAAUCAUUAUUUGUGUUAUAUAUUACCAAGAGGGUGGCACAGUGUCGCCUUACAGCAGGACGGUCCUGGGUUCAAUUCCCAGAUGGAGCGGUUUAAGUCCUUUCUGUGUGGAGUUUGCAUGUUCUCCCCGUGUCUGUGUGGGUUUCCUCCGGGAGCUCCGGUUUCCUCCCACAGUCCAAAGAUGUGCAAGUGAGGUGAAUUGGAGAUACAAAAUUGUCCAUGACUGUUUGACGUUAAACUUGUACUGAUGAAUCUUGUGUACUGGGUAACUACCGUCCCUGUCAUGAAUGUAACCAAAGUGUAAAACAUGACGUUAAAAUCCUAAUAAAUGAAUGUAUUACAUAGGUAGGGCGCUCGUGUGGUGCAGUGAUAAAAUUAUGCUAGCCCACUACUUCUGCAAUCCGGGGUCUGAGUCUCUAGUGGUGCUAUCAGCUGGUCGGGCGUGUACACACAGACACACAGACCGCUUCCUGUCGGUGGUGUGUUACUGCAUUGCAUCUGGAUUUGGAAUGACCAACAUGUUCAUGGUUUUGGCCAUAUAGUGUGUGUGUGUGAAAUGAUGAAAAGUAUUGCAGAUUUAAAGCAUUUUGAUAUAUAUUACAGCACAAGUGAGUGUGUGUGUGUGUGUGUGUGUGUGUGUGUGUGUGUGUGUGUGUGUGUGUGUGUGUGUGUACAAGGCUGUCGGUUACUUUACCCUUUUGAACCUCCUGUUUUGACAGUUGAUAAUUGAGGUGUAGACGUCUCGGUUCAAUAACAAAAAGAAGUGGGGGAACCGAACAGGGGAAUGAACAAAUGACUGAAAAAGCCAAAGCGCUCUCAUUACAACAUGUACAACAGACCUUGUGAUGCUGGGUCUUCUGUAAUGUUCUGUAUUUGCACAUGAUCUUUCAACAUUUUGAUUUUUCACUCCUUUUGAUGGAUAUUUUAAUCGAACCAUUUUUUGUAUCGUCUGCAUUAAAAUCCUACAAAAGAACUUGAA